AACGUCCCAGGAUUCCCCAGGAGCAGACGCACAUCUGGAAGGCGCUGCCUUGUUUGCCGCCACUGCUGCCAGACGCAAAGAGACGUCUUGCAACCAAACACCCUUGAAUGAACCUACCUGUAAUCACACAUUCCAUCGCUACCUGAAGCUGUUCCUUCGUGUGUAACCAUAGUGACGGGAAAAAAACAGUACACCGCUUCCAAGCUUCCAUGAGGGCUGUAAGCUGUAAGCUGGUGAGGAACCCCGGAGCGCGGACUCCCUCCUCCUCGCCGGCACGCACUCAGUAAAACCGCAGGGGGGGAAAAAAAAAAAUCACCGUCCUCCCUCCGUUACGAGGUGGACCCCCAUUAAGUGAGGGCUUCCCCUCGGUAUAACAAGUGCCUAAGAGCAGUGUGGAAAUGCCGUGCAGCUGUCUGAAGGACCCCACACUGAAAAACUGGGAUUCCACCAGCACUCAUGCGGAGGGGACGACACGCACGCAAACGAACAAUGGACAGAACAUGGUGGGACAUUCCAACCAGAGUUGGAUUCCCAUAGACGGCUAUGGAUACAGAUGUUGCUUUGGCCCUGAAACAACUCCCGUCUGAUAUUCAUCAAGGGGAAAUGUAUUAUGAGUCUAAUUUUCGAUGGCGUUGUCCAUCAGUUUCGACAACAUUAAGAAUAAUCACUCGCUCAGAUUAUAGUGCUGAAGUCAGGGGGACAAACUUUGCCGGUCGGCGUAGCAGCUCAUCGCAACCCUAAGUUGCGUUCAAUUGUUGAUCGACCCUUUAGUGGCCUACGUAUGAUAAAGAGUCUUAUGUUAGGAGGAGGUGGGGGCGGACGGACGGGUCGACACAAAAAAAAGUCUAGUUUGUUUCUAGUAUCAGCCCAGGCAAAUUGGCAAACACAAGUGAACACACAAUGAGUCAAUUACACCAGUACGUCAAGCUCACAGUGGGGAGCUCAGAGGGAUUUCCUGUUGUGGGUGGACCACCAGAGCAUCAUCUCCCCGCAGAUCUGAAGACACCGUUUUAGGGAACACCCCCCCCCCGGAACACGCAAGACAAAGCUCUUCAGAGGUUCGCGUUGUCGGCUCCACGUCGGUUUCGUCCAGUCCGGUGAACUGGGGAUGGAUUGGGUCAACUGGGUCGAAACACGUGAAAACUCGGGGCGACAUCUAAGAAUGAAUCAGAGGGGGAAAAAAUCUCUCGGCCGCGGAGGCUCAUGAGGCUCGUAAAGACGCAGCUCUAUAAAACCUGCGAGAGAGAGCGAGAGCACCGCGGUAGUCGGUUUUUUUUUGUAAAUGCGAAGCGGCUGGGAAAUACAGACGUCUUGUUUCGCACUGCAGGAUUUCCUCCAGCGGCGCAAGCGGGGCCCCCUUGUGCCGGGCGUGAGAGAACCGACGACCCAGAGGAGGAUCUCUUCAGAGUUUCCAAAACCUCAUGUUUUUCUCCUCCCGCCGUGGGCAAAGGAAACCAGCGGUGCGCCGCCGCGCUUAUGGGAGAUAUGUUUGUGGUUACUUUUAAUAGAGGGGUCCAUAAAAAAGAAAAAAAAGAGAAAAUGCCGCUGUUUUGUAGCUACCGGUGAACAUUACAGCCGGGAUUCCCUGGAAAAACACGACGUGGCCUGCGUGCCUGAAGUCAGUUUGCGCUCGAGGAGGAGGCUCGCUCGCUCGCACUGGAAAACACCUGUGUGUUAAAUAUCGCAGAUUCUCCGCCAUAAGCGUUUCCCCUGCAUUAAUAUAACAGCAAGAGGUGUGAGAUAGUUCGCCUCGUGCGUGCAACAUCUGGCCCUGGUCAAAAUAAAAGCCACUGGCUACGCGCCGCAAAGCUCGCGAAGCAUUGGAACAUAAUGAGAAGUGCUAAUGUCGUGCGGCACCGUUUCUGAACACACUCACAUGAUACGCUCAUAAUGAAGUCGGAACCACUUUUGCCGCGCUUCUUCGGAUUAAGCAAAUGAAGAGGAGAGUGACAAUAAGCUCGCGAUGUGCACACAAUGCGUGGAAAUGAACGGCCGCGCAGCAAAUCCGCCGUCAAGACGUGGAGCCAAUCGCGGCUGACGCUGGGCUAGAGGCGGCGGCGGCGGCACAAGGUCGAACCGUCCACCGCACGCCCACCUGCAACCAUACGCGGAUUGGACAGAUCAGCUGUCGAUGAAGCUGCAUACACGCGUUCCAAUGUAGACGGGGGUCUAUCGUCUGUUUUACUCUAAACGAGACCACGGGUGAGGCCGAAUUGAUUCAAAUUUGCUCAGGAAGUUUCCUAAAUAUCUUGACGUGACCCGGAAGUAUUCGAUCGGCAGCCAUGAUAAGGGCUGUUCGGAUUUUUGCUAAAUGCAUAGGAAAGGACUGCUUCCUUUCCUAUCUCCUUUAGCAUAGGAUACACUGGAGAUUCCUAUGUGAGAGUAAGGAGCUACAGACGUCCCACAAUUCAUUGCGGCGGCGUUAUUUAUAACGUCAAGAUGUAGUCCAUCUUCUGUAAUUUGUAGUCUAGUGUCUACUAGUGACCUAGUGCAGUGAAAGACGAGUCGGAUUCUCUGAGCCGUGCCGUCGGCUUUUCCUGAGUCCUAUCAGUCCUCCAUUACACCUUUCCGUGACCUUGUGACGUUUUCCGCUGAGGUCAAGGAAUAGCGGAUACGAACAGUAGACAGGAAGGGCCAAUCAGAGGAGUGGCUGAUCAGGCUGUACCUGUGUUGAUUGACGGCCAACCAUGUAUAUAUAUUAUAUAUAUAUAUAUAUAUAUAUAUCAGAGCCCUUAAGAAAGAGAGUCACGACAUCUCUUUUAACUCCAGUGGACCAGCUUUUUUUCCCGGCAGUGGCGGAUCACGGAGCCUCUCAAUAGUUCCCGGAAGUGAGCAGCAGCAGCGUGCGAGUACCAUCAGAAUGGAGUCAAUGGUCCGUCUCCGUUGCACUUCUGAAAGGUCGGACGUUUAAAUAAUCAGACUGUAUAUAUUGUCAGCACGUCUGAAUCGAAUCUAAAUGCGCAGUAACGCAUGUCAGUGGAUUAUGAAUUCUGAUUUAUUUAAGAAAACGUGUUGACUAACUACAUAGAGUGACCACACAGGCAUGUCGGUCUGCUGUAUUGUAAAUCGACACAUUUAUUGACCACUAAUUACCAAAAAUCGCAGUUCAGUCGCUCUGAAUAAUGGAUUUGAAUCGCGCGCCAAGAACUUCCGGGAACUAUCUGAAAGUCUGCAUGAGUCACGUGACGCGCAAACAUUUUGGACUCCCGUUGUCGCGACUCUCGUCGUUCGACGACGAUGUUCCGAGCGGUCAGUCUCUCGCUCUCCUCUCUCGGCCAUUUGCUUUGGAUGAACUUUGGUUGCGUUGCUAUUUUGGUUUCUCACACACUUGUUCAAGUUAGUUUUUGUUGAAUAGCGCGAGUUUUACUCUAUCGAGCAAUGUGUUUCUCUCCACAUUUGGUCCUUCCUCUGAGCCGGGUCGUGACACUGCAUUGCAGUAACAGGCGAUCGAACCCUAAACUCCUCAGGAAGAUGUUUACUGACGUUCCAAAUCAAGUGUGCUUGACCCCAGGCCCACCUUGCAGCUUGUAUAGGAUGAUUCCUCUGAGCUGUCGGGUCUUCACCCAGAGAGCCCCUGGGGAUUGACAGGUGGAAAUACUGUCCAGAAUAUCAAUAUCCUGCACCAAGGACAUAAGAUCUAUAUCCCCCACUAGUGCUUCCUGUACCUUCAUGGUCAAGUCAAGGUUUCAUUCUAAUUUUCUUGCAUGAAAAAACUACUAAGGGAAAGUAAACCUCGGAAGAGAAUUUAACAACGUCAAGUAAGUUCUGGUCGGAUCACAGUUGUGUUUACCGUCUUUUGAAAUAUAGCUGACGCAAUAGUUAUGUCGCAGGUCAUGCCACAUGCAGCAACUGAAGAAAAAAGAAGGUGAGAACCUUUUCUUUUUCGUCGACCACCUGCGAAGUGAAACGGGGGCAGGAUCGGGAUGUGCAACUGUCGUUUCGAAAAGCCCAAAAAGAAAAAAUCUGAAAUAUACACGACGAUAUAUGAAACUCGGCCUUAUAGGGUUCCAAAAAGAUUUCGGUCCCGUCCAUUACCUCUCAUCGGUCAGUUCCCCUUGACCUUGCUGAUGGAUCACAACACAGAGCAAAACUACUUUAUCAUAUUUAUUUCAGUGUAAGCUCCACUGAGUUUCUGUGCGUUUCCCAUCAGGUGCCCUGGCACCGGCAUGGGGAGCCUCACAGCAUCCUGACCCCUGAACAGUGUGCACGCCUCGAUCCCAUAGCUCCUCCCUUGCCUAUAUAUAAUAUUCUAGUUUGGCCGGACUGCCAUCAGAUUACUCCCCACUGCAUCCUUCUGCCCCCCCCCCCCCCCCGCCGCCGCCCCCUCAACCCUCCCCCGCCCUUUAAUUGCCUCACUUGCCGGACGCGCGGAGAAGAGGAUGCCGGCCACACGCAGCCUGCCCCUGUGGAUUGUUUUGCUCCUCGGCUCCGGUGCGUGCGCCAUGAGGAGGCAGCGCGGCGACGACGAGGAGGCUGCUGCUGCUGCUGCUCCUCCCGCUGGUGACGGCGACGACGAGUCCUGGCCGGAGAGCGUGUCCAGGGCGAGGUGCGCGUCGCGCUGCCUCAGUCUGCACUGCGUCGCGGCGCUCUCCACGUCGCUCCAGAAUAAUGGAUCCCUGGGCUGGUGUCAGAAUCAUAAACAGUGCGCAAAGUGCCUGGAGCCCUGCAAAGAUUCCUGGGAGAUGAAGAGGAAGAGCAAUUGCAGGGAGCUUUGUGAGCGGGCGUUUCCCAAGAAGCACUGGGAGUGUGUGACCAGCUGCGAGUUCCUGCAGUCGGUGUUGGCGACAAAGCAGGGCAGCUGUCCACCUCCGGAGAGAGCCAGUGGCUUUGCGGCGGCCUGCGUCGAGAGCUGCGACCACGACCGGGAGUGCUCUGCCCAGAAGAAGUGCUGCUCCAACGGCUGUGGCCACACCUGCCAGUCUCCCAAAGACCUCUACAAGGGUGCCCCCCUGAAGCCGAGGAAAGAGCUGGGCUUCAAGGAGCUCACCUCCGGUCAGCUGGAGGUGCGCUGGUCGUCCCGCUUCAACAUCUCAGCCGAGCCCGUGGUCCACAUCCUGCAGAGGAGGUGGAACUUUGGCAUCCAGCCCAGCGAGGACACGGCCACCUCCUGGCAGGGGGUCGCACAGACCACAGAGCAGGGGGUGAGGCUGUACGACAUCAGGCCCGGGCGCUGGUACCAGUUCAGAGUGGCAGCCGUCAACACCCACGGGACCAGAGGUUUCACCACGCCCAGCAGGCACAUCCACUCCAGCAGAGACCCCUCCGGUCCUCCCGCCCCCACUGAGCUGAGAGUGGCCAACAUGAGCUUUGGCCCCGGCAGGGCGGUGUCGGCCCGGCUCCGGUGGAGCGCGCCUGCUGACCCGGAUGUCCCCGUGCACCACUACAAGGUCAGCUGGAGCUGGACUGCUGUCGGACAGCCGCCUGCCUCGUCCCCGACCAAGAGGAGGAAGACAGUCAGAGGGAGCCAUAUGGAGGUGGACAGCAUGCGGUCUAACAGGAGCUACAGAGUGGAGGUCCAGGCUGUGUCCUACUGGGGACAAACUCAACUCAAAGGCCCCCGAGGCGUCCUCCACUUCACCACACAGCGCCCGAGCAGUUCUGCCCCAAGCAAACCCACAGGCGACGUUCUGGAUGUGGGGACGCCGUUCUACCAGGACGGACAGCUCCGAGUUCAUGUCUACUGGCAGAGCAGCACCGAUCCUUCGGUGGAACUCUACAGAAUCCAGUGGGGACCAGAAUAUUGUGGACACAACCAGACCAGACCCACGGAGAAGACCAGCACGCAGGAGAGCUUCGUCGGCCUGCAGGGCUUGCUCUUCGCCUGCAAGUACAAAGUCCUCCUGCAGCCGGUCAGCAAGAAGAGCCGUCCUCUGGCGGAAAGCGCCAGCUUCUUCACUCCGUCCUGCGCCGCCAUCCAAGCCCAAAGUCCCAAUUCCGUCUCCUGUCCCGGAGAAACACCAGCGGCCCCUCAGAAGGUCCAGGUGAAGGCAGCCAACUUGACAGCGUCCUUCGAGGUGCGGGGAGGUAACGUGACGGCCACCUUUAGUUGGGAUUUGUCCGAGGUCCCGCCCCACCAGCGGUUGACCGGUUACCAGGUGACCUGGGUGGAGCUCAUCCCGGCUAACCGCCACAACAACAACCACAACAACAAGCUGCCGCACAGCCUCAUCUCGCAGUCGCAGAUCCUUCCCCCGGGUGGUAAGGUUCUCGUGGUGUCCGGCCUGCGCCCCGCCAGUGUGUACAGGCUGGAGGUCCACGCCAUCACCGCGGAGGGUGAAGGUCCCGCGGCCAGCCGAACCUUUCAGACUCCGGGAUACCAAAUUCCCAAUAAGCACAGAUCCAGGCUGAGGAAGCAUCCACAUAAACAACCAAUCAUAGAGAGGCACUGAGCCCAGACAGCCAACCAGCCUGCAUGAGUCUCCCAAGUCUCCCACCAUUAGGAUGACCAGAAAUCCACAGGGCCAUGUGCAGCAUCACGUCUGGCAGCUGUUUGACUCUCUCCCUCCUGUAUCUUACAGUUAGACUGGGCUGUUUUUUGUUAAAGCUGCUACACACACCGGAGCGUUCUGAUCGAUCCGUGAAACCUUCACUUGUUUACAAGACCAACCGUGCUCGCCGACCUAAAAAUGAAGCUAGAAUUAGUCGGUGAUAUGGUACAGUAGUAGAUUCACAGCAACAACAGCCAUACUUAGCUGAUUUAAUACAGUGGUAUCACAGUUAGUGUGGUAUCCUGAUGUGAUAAAUCCAGUUCAUCCACCGCAUUGCUCUGAAACAGCAGCAAAGUUUCAUGCAAUUGUGCCAGUAAGAGAGAAGUUGUAUUUCCCUUUGACUCCCCACUGGGGUGAUAAAUCUCAGCACGUAUUUUUGUGAUCAGUGACUAUAUAUAAAGGUGGGCGACAUGUCUCCACCUCCUCCGGUUGUGCAAAGGUAUAAUGUCAAAUAUCCCGGGCAUGGGACGUGGCCGCCAUCUUGCGCUUUUGAUUUGGUCAUUUGGAGCCAGAGUCUGCACAGUAUUGAGCGAGGUCCCGCCGAAACACGUGCUCGACCCUUCCCCGAGUCGGGCUGUCAAUCAUGACGUUUCAAGCAGCUCUCAUAACAUCAAAUAACUAAUUAAAACCGACCGUAACAACAGACAUGAACACUUGGCGUACAUUAUAAGAACGACCUUAAACGAUAGAAACCCUCUUUCAGAAAAAAUUAAUUUAACAUGCACUUUUGACUUUUUAGUCCAUGUCCCAUCUGCUGACACGGAGGAGGCGGGGUUUAUGACCAAUACUGUGGCCAUCCGACUUUAUUUACAGCGUACGUACGUUGGUGAUAUUCUUAUGAACAUCAUUAUAGCAUGUAGAUACAGUAGCUGUAGCAUUUGCAUUCUCUGUAGGGCUGGGUAUGGUUAAACCAUUUUGUUUUUCAAACAGUACAUGAUACCCAACAUCUGGUUCCAAACCAUCAAGAAUUAAAACAUGAAGCCUUUCACGCGUAUCCAGAGGAGCGUGGCUACAGACAAUCAGGCAACAUUUCCUUUGGAAGACCUACGAGAUGAGAGCCCAACGUCACGGAAGCGCAUUGCUGCCACGGCAGGAAAACGAAAACGGAUCAGUGUCGCGUUAUGGCAUGAAACUGUUCACGUUAUUUCGUGAACACGUAUGAUUACGAACAUGAAACUUCAUGUUUGAGACUGCGGACGGUGAACGGAGAGUCCUCAGUUGAGGACAUGGCUCAUUGAAGUUUAGUAUUAUUAUAACAAUGAACUGUUCACGUUAUAACAAUAAAGAUACUGAUCCGGGGUUUUUUUCUCCCGUGGCACCAAUUCUCUCCCGUACACGUGUGAUUGUACUAACAUGUACAAAAUGCACUAAUGCAGACGUAUUGAGGUUUGACACCCAGCCCCAACUCCCUGCUGUCCUCUAGAUGGAACUGCAUGCCAACACCGCCGUGUUUCUAGUGCUGUCAGUGUCACCGAGUGGGCUCCGCGUAUUUCAAAAUCUGAAAGUCAUUUCCUACAGCUGAUUCUCUCUUUACCCCUGUACUUUGUAAAUGCUGUAUAUAUUGUCUGUAUUUAUUAGUUGCGGUGUAUUGUGUACAUCUGUGCUUUGUGUGUACUCAGCCUUUUGUAAACCUUUAGAGACCCUGUAUAAAUGUGUUGGUUUUUUCUUUGAACUGAAGAUAAAUUCCACGUCGAUAUGUGUACAGCCUA